CUUCCAGUUCCCCUUCAGUCAGACAGUGCUGUCAGAGCUACAUAGAGUGGCUGUUGUGGUCCCACUUGUGCUAGACUGAUCCAUGUCCGAUCUGAGUGGCUGCCAGAUCAUCUAUUUUUAUGUUUACGCCGGAUCAGGAAGGACGAUAGAGCCAAAUUAGCAUGAUGGAUCAAGAGGAGAUGAAUGGUACCAUAACACCAACAGUUCCACCGGAUGAUGAAAAACAGGAAACAAGCCAAGAUAGCGUCAAUGUUGCAGAGAAAUCAGAAGAUGAAGCAUCAUUAAUGAGACAAAAGUCAAACUUGUCUAGUUUGCCAAAGUCAUCACAUACCAUUAAUGGAGAGCUUUCACCAAGUUCAGACAUAGUUCACCAGGGAGGUCUCAAUGAGGUGACUUCGGCUGCUCCAGAGCCAGUUGAUUUUAUCAAGUAUGUGCAGGAGCAUGUUAUACUAAGUGCCUUAACACCGGAGAUGUGGACUUCAGAACAAUACAGCUACAUUGAGGAGUUCUUCAAUUCGAGGAAUCCAUUUCGCUUGUUGGUCAUAUAUGUUGAUACACAGAUUGGCCUUGUCUUAGACAACAAGAUUCCCGCACAGGCUGUAGACGAGAUAUGUUACUUCAUACGCAAAGAAGGAAUGGCAAUAGACUCGUCCAACAUUGACAAGGAGGUGCAGUAUGGUUCUGUGAAGAGCGGCCACAUCGAGAGCCUUCUGCGACUUAUGCAGAGCAUCUAUGCACCACUUUUCUUUGAAAACACAUCUUGGCCCGACAGCAUAAAAAACGACUUUUCUGCUCAGCUCCAUCGCUUCAUGGCCAGCCUUACAGAUACACAUUACAAGAUUCAGGGCCAUACAGUGUUGUACAUUCCUAAUGAGGGUUUGAAUGUUUCUCCAGAUCAAGCUGCUAAAAACAAAGAGCUUGUACAGAGACUAGAGACUGCUAUGGUACAUUGGACACGUCAAAUCAAGGAAGUUCUUGCCUCUCAAGAUGCAAUAGAAACUUCUGAGAACUCGGGUCCCUUGGAGGAGAUUGCUUUCUGGCAUAACCGUUGCGUUGACCUGUCUGGAAUCAGUGAACAACUCAGAAAGGAAGGUGUCUUGAGAAUCCAGAUGAUCUUGGAGCUUUCAAAGUCCUCCUAUGUGGCUUCGUUUAGAAAACUUUCUAAACAGAUUCAGGACGGUUCUGAGCAGGCUCAGAGUAACCUGAAGUUCCUUUCGACUCUGAAGGAACCUUGUGAGGAGCUUUCCAAAGCCAAACCUGUUGACAUUCCACCCAUGCUUACUAAGAUCAUCAAUCUGAUCCGGAUGAUAUGGGUCAACUCUAAACAUUACAAGAGCAGAGAGAGACUAACUGGUCUGUUCAGGAAGGUAAGCAACGAGAUCAUACACCGAUGCUGUAAGGAAAUCUCACUGGAAAAGCUGUUUGAUGGCUAUGUCACAUCAUCUAUGAAGUCACUGAACCAAAGUAUCGACUGCUGUAAAGCAUGGAAAGAAAUCUAUUCCUAUGUUCGACUGAUGCAUCACAAGUUUUCUGCAGAAGGUUGGGUGCUGGACCAAAGUAGUAUCUUUGCUCAGAUAGAUGCCUUUGUGCAGCGAUGCAAGGACUUACUUGAGGUUUGUGAAUGCCAAAUUCACUUUGCUCGCUGGCAAGAUGGCAAUAAGACACCACUGCCGUGCUUUGCUGGACAGCGGGGCCCAGAGAUCACACGUAGCCUUCUUGAGAUAGAGGGUGCCUUUGAGAAGAACUUGGCAGUUAUGAGUGGAGUCAAGAAGACAAUAUUGGACGUUAAAGCAACUACAUGGCAUGAUGAUUACAACAGAUUCCGCACAGGCAUCAAGGACCUAGAGGUUAUGAUGCAGAAUGUUAUCUCUACAGCGUUUGAGACUAUCAACACUGUGGAGCAAGGAGUGGAGCUACUGGAUGCAUUUCAACAUCUUUCAUCAAGAGAAGCAAUUAGACGGACAAUCGAUAAAAAGACAGUUGAAGUUUAUGCUUUGUUCAAUGAUGAGCUCAACGCUGUCAAGAAGGAGUUGACUAAGAAAAACCCAAGCCUUGGACCUCUCUUGCCAAAGUAUGCUGGUCAGGCCCACUGGGCACGCUCACUGAAGGGUCGUAUUGAUCGAUCAAUGAAGGUGCUUGGUAAGGCAUACUUUUUGCCUCACAUUGGAACUGGUGCUGAAACUCUAACACAGUACACUCAGCUGAGUACAGCUUUAGACGAAUUCAUCCGUAAGACUUUCAACGAGUGGGCAGCUACUGUCGAUAAGGAUUGCAUGAAAUUACUCGACGUACCACUUAUGUGUAGAAGUGCUGAAAAGCAGGCAAUGCUGGACAUGAACUUUGACAGGGUUCUACUCAAGUUAUUUAAUGAAAUCCAGUACUGGGAGAAGUUGAUGUUUGAAAUACCACACUAUGCGACAGAGGUUUAUCUUAAGAGGGAAGAACUGCGAAACCUACGAGAAAAUGUGCUCCUAGUUGUGCGUGAUUACAACAGGAUAAUAUCUGCUCUCUCCUUGGAGGAACGAGGUUUGUUUAGAGAGCGAAUUCGGCAUCUAGAUAAAAAGAUUCACCCAGGCCUAACCAAACUCACUUGGGCAUCAAAAGGUAUAUCAGACUUCUUCAUUGGAGAGUGCCGGCAGUAUGCCAGCAAGGUGCAAGUGAUUGUUGAUGACUACAAGAUAGCUAACUUAACAAUCUCGCGUAACUGCAAGCGCAUUAGUGAAAACCUACUCGUUCGUAUUGACAACAAAAAAGUAUACGAAGGGCUGGAGUUUGAGGAAGAGCAGAUGCAACAUCGAGCUAGUGCACAGAAGAGACUCAAGAUCAUCCAUGAAGAAAUUGUUCACAUCAUGAAGCAGACAUACGAGGUUUUCCGAACAGAUGGUCAGGAGGUACAGAAUCAUUGGCAUCGAUACACUGAGAAAAUGGAUAGAAUGGUGGAGGAGGCCUUCAGAUUAAAUGUCAAAUGGUCUUUACAAGAGCUGUCUCGAGCAAUUAAUGGUGAUGGCAAAACAAUGCCCAAUCCCCUGUUCAGGGUGAAGGUGGUAUUGACUGGAGAAAAGAAUUCUGUGGAGUUUUCACCUACAUUGAAGAAACUGGCCAUGAUUGUUAUGAACACAAGCAGCCACUUGACGGCAGCAAUAUCUGUCAUUCAAAGACUGCCAGAUCUUCUGACGAGGAAGCGCUCUACAAAAGAGCCUAUUAGCAACGUGAUUGAGAAAGAUGAAGAAACCAAAAAGAUCCAGAAAAGCAUCGACUCUGGAAUGCAGGCCAACGCACAACACCUCAUGAACUAUCUUGGAACUUGGGAUAACUAUCGAGAAAUUUGGGAGAUCAAUAAGGAUGCAUUCAUUCGCAGAUACCAGAGACUCAAUCCACCUGUUGCAUCAUUCGAUGCAGACAUUGCAAGAUACACAGAAGUUGCGAACAAUGUAUCGAAAGAAGAGACUGUGCUCAACAUACAGUUUGUUCUUCUGGACUGUUCGCCACUUAAAACAGCUCUACUCGGACACUGCCAUGAAUGGGAAAACAAGUUCACAACGUUGCUGCGGGAGAUGGCCAGCCAACAGUUGAAGGAUCUUCAUUGCUUCUUAUGUGACAACAAGGACAAGUUGAGUAAGCCACCUCAAACACUUGAUGAGCUUGGUGAUAGUUUGUUGCUAUUGGAACAACUACAAACUGAUUUAAGUAAGAUUGAAGCUCGCUUCCCUCCUUUACACGAACAGUUCGCUAUUCUCGAGAAGUAUGAUGUUGCCAUACCUGAUGAGGUGCGCCAUAUGUUAGAUGAGUUGGACAAUGAGUGGAUUACCUUCCAACAAUGCUUACUUGACAGUGAUGUCAUGUUGAAGAAACAUAAAGAGAAGUUUAAGACCGGACUCAUCCACUCCUCAGAAGAAUUCAAGAAAUCCAUUGCUAGCCUGCUUGACGACUUCAGUAGUAAUGGACCUUUUAAUAGUGCUCUCGGUUGCGAUGAAGCUCUACAGCAGGUAUCACACAUCAGGGAUCAGGUCAAUAGUUUGAAAGAGCAAGAGGCCACGCUACGUAAAGGUCUCGGAAUCUUCAAGAUUGAUCAACCACCUUCAAAGGAAAUACAACAAAUUGAUAAGGAUUUGGAUCAUUUGGAAACUGUGUGGCAGUUAACCAAGGAGUGGGAAGGACUUUGGAAUACCUGGAAAGUAGGAAGAUUUCAUGAACUGGUAACAACAGAGAUGGAAAUGACAGCUGGCCAAUUGUACAAGAAGCUCAAUAAACUCAACAGGGAGUUGAAGGAAAGGAACUGGGAGAUUGUAGAGACUUCUCGUUCAAGAGUGGACCAGUUUCGUCGUACGAUGCCACUUAUUGUGGACCUUCAUAAUCAUGCCAUGCGGGACCGUCACUGGCAACAACUACAAGAAGAGAUACAGAAGACAUUUGACUACAAGGCUGAUGAUUUCACACUUGAAAAGAUCAUAGAUUUGGGUUUUGAUCAGUAUGCAGAAAAAGUGUCGGAGACAUCUGCAGCAGCAAGCAAGGAGUUGGCUAUCGAGGAAGCUAUCUCUGGGAUUAAAGAAACGUGGGAUGAAGCAACUCUUGAUGUUGGGCCUUACAAAGACCGAGGACACUUCAAACUCAAAUCAACUGAUGAUAUUUUCCAGCUGUUGGAAGACAAUCAAGUCACACUGGCUACCAUGAAGGCAUCUCGCUAUGUCAAAGCAUUUGAAAAAGAUGUGGACUUGUGGGAAAGAACCUUGUCACAUAUCCUGGAAGUCAUUGAAAUGACAUUAACAGUACAAAGGCAAUGGAUGUAUCUGGAGAAUAUUUUUCUCGGUGAGGAUAUCCGAAAGCAGUUACCCCGGGAAUCGGCAGAGUUUGAUGCUGUAAAUAGCAACUGGAAGAUUAUUAUGGUGCGACUCAACAAAGACAACAAUGCACUCAGAGGAACUCAUCAUCAAGGACUACUGGAAACUCUUAAUGAGAUGAACAACAAACUGGAAGAGAUCCAAAAAUCACUUGACAUGUACCUUGAGACCAAACGACAAAUCUUCCCUCGGUUCUACUUUCUUUCUAAUGACGAUCUGUUGGAGAUCCUUGGUCAGUCCAAGAACCCUGAAGCUGUACAACCUCAUCUCAAGAAGUGCUUUGAUAACAUCAAAUCACUUAAGAUGCACAAAAUGGGAAUCACUCAGAAGUUUGAAGCACAGGGAAUGUAUUCUGCAGAUGGUGAAUACGUGGACUUUGGACACCCAGUUCUAUUGGAAGGACCAGUCGAGGCAUGGUUGUGUGACAUUGAACGUACAAUGCGCUGGACUCUGAAAGAUAUUCUCAAACAGUGUAAAGUAGCACUCAAGAAGUCUCUGAGCAAGCGUGACAAAUGGGCCAAGGAUUGGCCCGGGCAGAUGUUGAUCACAUCAAGCCAGAUGCAGUGGACAGCAGAUGUGACCAAGGCACUCUUCACUACAAAAGAAAGAGGGGAUAAGAAGGCGUUGAAAAGCAUGAAGAAGAAACAGAUUUCAAUGCUCAACAAGUUUUCUGAGAUGGUUCGUGGUAAUCUAACUAAGAUGAUGAGAGCAAAAGUUGUUGCUCUAGUAACUAUCGAAGUACAUGCCCGAGAUGUGAUCGAGAAGUUGACCAAGAGUGGUGUGAAUGAUGUGACAGCCUUUGAAUGGUUAAGCCAACUCAGGGUUUACUGGGAUAAAGAGAUAGAGGAUUGUGUUGUACGCCAGACUAAUACCCAGUUCCAGUAUGGAUACGAGUACCUUGGUAACUCUGGGCGCUUAGUUAUAACUCCACUCACUGACAGGUGCUACAUGACAUUAACCACAGCUCUCCAUCUACAUCGUGGAGGAUCUCCCAAGGGUCCUGCUGGUACUGGCAAGACAGAAACUACCAAAGAUUUAGGCAAAGCUCUUGGUAACUAUGUCAUUGUUGUCAACUGCUCCGAGGGGCUUGACUAUAAGUCCAUGGGAAGGAUGUUCAGUGGAUUGGCACAGACUGGCGCUUGGGGAUGCUUUGAUGAGUUCAAUCGUAUCAAUAUUGAGGUGCUGUCUGUUGUGGCUCAGCAAAUUCUGUCCAUUCUAUCGGCAUUAGCGGCAGGUCACUCACGAUUUGUCUUUGAAGGUAGAGAGAUCAACCUUGUAUGGUCAUGUGGAAUCUUCAUCACAAUGAAUCCAGGCUAUGCUGGACGAACUGAGUUGCCAGAUAACCUGAAGUCCAUGUUCCGUCCAAUUUCCAUGGUGGUACCAGAUUCGGGCUAUAUUGCAGAAAUCAUCCUAUUUGGUGAAGGCUUCAGCAAUACAAGGGUAUUGGCCAAGAAGGUGCACACACUGUAUUCCUUGGCAGUGCAACAACUUUCUAAGCAGGACCAUUACGACUUUGGUCUCCGUGCCUUGACGUCAGUGCUCCGAUAUGCUGGGAAGAAGAAAAGGGCAGCACCCACCGUAUCAGAUGAAGAGAUCCUUUUGCUUGCAAUGAAAGACAUGAACGUUCCUAAGAUGACGGCUGUUGACUUGCCUCUGUUUAAUGGUAUCGUGGCCGAUCUCUUCCCUGGAGUGGAUACACCAGUCAUUGAUUAUGGCAAGAUGAAAUCAGUAAUUGAGUCUGAAUUAAAGACACAGGGUUACCAGCCAAUUCAAUCAACUGUAUUGAAAGUCAUUCAGCUGUAUGAGACUAAAAACUCCCGCCACUCAGUGAUGAUUGUUGGCAAAACUGGCAGUGGUAAGACAGUGACAUGGCGUAUUCUACAAUCCACGUUAUCUCGGAUGAAGAAGGAGGGUGAUAACAGCUUCAAUUAUGUCAGAGAUUUCCCGAUAAAUCCCAAAGCGGUGUCUCUUGGAGAGCUUUAUGGGGAAUUUGAUUUGAACACAAAUGAAUGGACAGAUGGAGUGCUGUCCAGUGUCAUGAGACAAACCUGUGCAGAUGAGAAACCAGAUGAGAAGUGGUUGAUGUUUGAUGCACCCGUGGACACCCUGUGGAUCGAGAGUAUGAAUUCUGUCAUGGAUGACAAUAAAGUCCUUACACUCAUCAAUGGUGAACGUAUUGCCAUGCCGGAUCAGGUGACGCUGUUGUUUGAGACAGAAAACCUUGCGGUAGCCUCACCAGCCACAGUUAGUCGUUGUGGAAUGGUCUAUAUGGACUAUGCUGAUACUGGCUGGCAACCAUAUGUCACAUCUUGGCUGCAAAGUCGAACUGAUAAGCAAUCACAAGACAUUCUGCAGAGGCUUUUUGACAAAUAUUUUGUCAAAAUUCAAGACUUCAAACACCACAACUGCAGUGAACUGGUACCCAUUUCUGAACUUAAUGGGGUCACUUCUCUCUGCAAGCUGUUUACUGCUUUUGGUACUGAGCAGAAUGGGGUGAACCCCUCAGAUAAGGAAAACUAUGAACGCAUGAUAGAGCUGUGGUUCCUCUUCUGCCUUAUAUGGUCGGUCUGUUCAGCCGUGGAUGAAGAUGGACGUAAGAAACUAGACAACUACAUCCGGGAAAUUGAAGGUACCUUCCCCAACAAAGACACUGUGUAUGAAUACUACGUGGAUCCCAAGAACAAGAACUGGGCCCAUUGGGAAGAUAAGCUCAGGAGUGGCUGGAGGUACCCUGCUACUGCCCCUUUCUACAAGAUAAUGGUACCUACAGUGGACACAGUGCGCUACAACUUCCUCGUUAGUGCAUUGAUGAGCACAGUCCAGCCCGUACUCCUAGUCGGUCCAGUAGGAACUGGUAAAACGUCUAUUGCUCAGAGUGUAUGCAGUAAGCUAGACACAUCCAAGUACAGUGUGCUGACAAUCAACAUGUCUGCACAGACUUCAUCUAAUAAUGUGCAGGAGAUCAUAGAGAGUAAAGUGGAGAAAAGAACCAAAGGUGUCUAUGUUCCGGUUGGUGGCAAAAAGUUGUUGACUCUUAUGGACGACUUCAACAUGCCCGCUAAGGACACGUUUGGCUCCCAACCACCAUUGGAGCUCAUUAAGCUGUGGAUUGACUAUGGUUUUUGGUAUGAUCGACUCAAACAAACCACUAAGCACAUUAAGGACAUGCAGUUGCUGGCAGCCAUGGGUCCACCAGGUGGAGGUAGAAUGGUGAUUUCUCCUCGACUUCAAAGUAGAUUCAAUCUCAUCAAUAUGACCUUCCCGAGUGAUUCCCAAAUAAAGCGCAUUUUUGGCACCAUGAUCAACCAGAAACUGCAAGAUUUUGAAGAGGAUGUCAAGCCGGUUGGUGAUAUAAUGACACAAGCUACACUGGAAAUCUACCAAGCCAUUGUACAGCGCUUUCUACCUACUCCAGCCAAGAUUCACUACUUGUUUAAUCUUCGGGAUAUUUCUAAAGUAUUCCAGGGUCUGUUAAGAGCACACAAGGACUUUCAUGACACCAAGGGAAGCAUAACACGGUUAUGGAUUCAUGAAUGCUUCAGGGUUUUCUCUGACCGUCUGGUCAACGAUACAGACAGUGAGGCUUUUGUGAACAUCUUGAGUGAUAAGCUUGGUAACCUGUUCGAGCAGACUUUCCACAAUAUCUGCCCAAAUAAGCAACCACCAAUCUUUGGUGACUUCAUCUCACAGGCAGAAGUACCGAUAUAUGAAGACCUUCAGGAGUUCACAUCUCUGAAAAGGUUCAUGGAAGACGCUUUGGAUGAUUACAACAGCACCCCGGGUGUAAUCUCUAUGGAUCUUGUUCUCUUCAGAGACGCUAUUGAGCAUGUAUCUCGAAUCAUACGUGUGAUUGGCCAGCCUAGAGGAAACAUGCUACUCGUGGGUAUCGGUGGCAGUGGUCGUCAAUCACUAACACGUCUUGCUGCAUCCAUCUGUGAUUAUACAACAUUCCAGAUUGAAGUCACCCGUAUAUACAGGAAAAUGGAGUUUAGAGAUGAUUUGAAACGGCUGUAUUACAUGGCAGGCGUAGAAAACAAACCAACUCUGUUUCUGUUCAAUGAUACACAAGUGGUAGAUGAGUCUUUCCUUGAGGACAUCAACAACAUCCUCAGUAGUGGAGAAGUACCCGCCCUGUAUAAGCCAGAAGAGUUUGAAGAGGUACGCAAUGCAUUAUCAGCAGAUGCCAAGAAGGAUGGAAUUCAUGAGUCGCCUGAGAAUAUGUUUUCUUAUUUCAUCGAGCGAGUACGCACGAAUCUUCAUGUUGUGUUAUGUAUGAGUCCAGUGGGUGAUCCAUUCAGGAACCGGAUUCGCAUGUACCCAGCCUUUGUGAAUUGUACAACGAUUGAUUGGUUCACAGAAUGGCCGAAAGAUGCUCUCGUGGAAGUCGCUGAGAAAUACCUGGAAACCAUUGAUGUUGGAGGCAAUGAAGAGAUGAAGAACAAUAUGGCUCAAAUAUUCUGCACAAUGCACCGCUCUGUUGUAGAAAGCUCCCAUAAGAUGCUGUUUGAACUAAAGAGACAUAACUAUGUGACACCUACAAACUACCUUGAGCUUGUCACAGGAUACAAAGUUCUACUCUAUGAAAAGCGUAAGGAGCUUGGUGAUGCUGCUAACAAAUUAAAGAAUGGCCUGUACAAAAUUGAUGAUACUCGAGCGAAAGUAGAGGUGAUGUCUGUUGAACUGGAAGAAGCCAAGACAAAAGUGGCUCAGUUUCAGAAGCAGUGUGAGGAAUACCUCGUGAUUAUUGUACAGCAGAAGCGGGAGGCUGAUGAACAACAGAAGAGUGUUCAAGCUCGAAGUGAAAAGAUUGGUGAAGAAGAGGUGCGAUGUCAAGCCAUGGCUGACGCAGCCCAGCAGGACCUCGCAGAAGCAUUGCCAGCUUUGGAGGAAGCUGUCAAGGCUUUAGAGUCGCUGAACAAGAAAGACAUCGGUGAGAUCAAGUCUUAUGGCCGUCCUCCAGCUUUAGUUGAGAAGGUGAUGGAAGCUGUUAUGAUUUUGAAAGGAUGUGAACCUACAUGGGCUGAGGCUAAGAGACAACUAGGUAAUCAGAACUUCAUCAAAGAUUUAAUAGAGUUUGACAAGGACAACAUGUCUGAUCGUGUCUUAAAGCGUAUUGGCCAGUACUGUGCUCAACCUGACUUCCAACCUGACAUCAUUGGACGAGUCUCAGCUGCUGCACGGUCCCUUUGUCUUUGGGUACGAGCCAUGGAUGUGUACGGUCGUAUCUUUAGAGUGGUUGAACCCAAGAAGCAGCGCUUGAAUAAUGCUACGUCUAUGUUGGCUGAGAAGCAAGCUAUUCUUGCUGAUGCCAAGGCAAAACUUAAAGAGGUGACAGAUAGAAUGGAAAUGCUAAAGAAGCAGUAUGAUGAAAAAUUGGCUGAGAAGGAACAGCUGCGUAUUAAGGCAGAGCAGAUGGAAAUAAAAUUAGAGCGAGCUGGAAAGCUGGUGUCUGGUUUGGCUGGUGAACGAGAUCGAUGGGAGGAAAAUGUCAAAGAAUUGGAGGAGAACAUGGUGUUCUUAGUUGGGGACUGUUUGGUUGCUGCAGCCUUCCUCUCAUACACAGGGCCAUUCUUAUCGGAGUAUCGAGAUCAUCUGGUCAAGGAAGUAUGGCUCAAAGAGGUUCGUAAGUUAAGCGUACCAUGCAGUCCAGACUUCAACUUUGCAACCUUCUUGUCCAAACCAACUGCCGUACGCGAUUGGAACAUACAGGGACUGCCUACAGAUUCCUUCUCUACAGAGAAUGGUGUCAUCGUGACAAGAGGGAGCAGAUGGCCCUUAAUGGUUGACCCUCAAGGCCAAGCCAUUAAAUGGAUCAAGAACAUGGAGGGAAAGCGCAACCUGAAAGUGAUUGAUCUUCAACAGCAUGAUUACUUACGUACUCUGGAAAACGCUAUCCAGUAUGGAUUUCCUGUUUUACUACAGAAUGUUCAAGAGGAACUCGAUCCAUCACUCUCUCCAAUCCUCAAUAAGUCGGUCAUCAAAAGAGGUGGUAGACUGAUGAUCAGACUUGGAGAUAAAGAGUUAGAGUACAAUCCAGACUUCAAGUUUUACAUCACAACAAAACUAAGUAAUCCACAUUACACACCAGAGAUUUCCACGAAGACUACAAUAACCAACUUCGCUGUCAAAGAACAAGGUCUGGAAGCUCAGUUGCUUGGUAUCGUGGUGAGGAAAGAACGGCCAGAGCUGGAAGAGCAAAAAGAUGCGCUUGUCAUGAACAUUGCAGCAGGGAAAAAGAAACUUGUAGAAUUGGAAGACGAGAUUUUGAGGUUGUUGAAUGAAGCUCAAGGGUCUCUUCUUGAUGAUGAACAGUUAGUCAAUACCCUUCAAACAUCAAAGAAAACAUCGGAAGAGGUCGGUGAACAGCUCCAAGUCUCGGAGCAAACUGAAGCCAAGAUUGAUGCAGCUAGAGAGGGUUAUCGCCAAUGUGCUCAACGAGCAUCCAUCCUCUUCUUUGUCUUAAACGACAUGGGACGUAUUGAUCCAAUGUAUCAAUUUUCUCUGGACUCCUACAUCGAGCUUUUCAAUACUUCUAUUGACAAGAGUCAACGAAGCCCUCAGCUAGAAACAAGAAUCUUGAAUCUCAACGAGUACCACACUUAUGCUGUGUAUAGAUUCACAUGUCGAGGUCUGUUUGAGAAGCAUAAGCUCCUCUUUUCCUUUCAAAUGUGUACCAAAAUUUUGGAAGCUGCCGGUAAACUGAACAUGGAUGAAUACAACUUCUUUCUACGGGGUGGUGUGGUUCUGGAUCGUGAAGAACAAAUGGAUAACCCAUGCUCUGGCUGGCUUGCUGAUGCAUCUUGGGAUAACAUUACUGAACUGGAUAACAAGUUGGCUAACUUUCAUGGCUUAGUUCAGUCAUUUGAACAGUAUCCACGUGACUGGCAUGUUUGGUAUACAAGUUCAGAGCCAGAGACAGCUCCUCUGCCAGGGGAAUGGGACAGUGCCUGUAAUGAACUGCAACGUAUGCUGAUAAUAAGAUCGCUGCGUCCUGACCGCGUCUCAUUUUGUGCAACUUCAUUUAUUGUCAAUAAUCUAGGAUCCAAGUUUGUGGAGCCCCCUGUUCUUGAUAUGAAAGCUGUUUUGGAUGAUUCCAACACUAAGACACCCCUUAUAUUUGUUCUCACAACUGGAGUGGAUCCAACGAGUAUGCUUCUUCAACUGGCAGAGCAGAGUGACAUGGCACACCGAUUUCAUGCACUUUCUUUGGGUCAAGGGCAGGCACCAAUUGCAACGCGGAUGAUUAAAGAAGGUGUUCGAGAGGGUAACUGGGUGUUUCUGGCCAACUGCCAUUUAUCAUUGAGCUGGAUGCCUGCGUUGGCCAAGUUAGUGGAACAACUGCAAGUAGAAGAACCACAUCCAGAUUUUCGACUGUGGUUAAGUAGCAGCCCUCACCCUGAGUUUCCAAUCUCGAUCUUACAAGCUGGCAUAAAGAUGACCACUGAACCACCUAAGGGAAUAAAAGCCAACAUGAAGCGUUUGUACCAUCUGGUAACAGAGCAACAAUUUGUACGAUGUCAGAAGCCAGAGAAAUACAAGAAGCUUUUGUUUGCACUCUGCUUCUUUCACUCCGUUCUCUUAGAGAGGCGCAAAUUUCAAAUGCUUGGAUGGAACAUCAUGUACGGCUUCAAUAAUUCUGACUUUGAGGUCUCUGAGAAUUUGUUGAGUAUCUACCUGGAUGAAUAUGAAGAGACGCCGUGGGACGCUCUCAAGUAUCUCAUCGCUGGAGUCAACUAUGGAGGACAUAUCACAGAUGACUUUGAUAGACGUCUUCUUAUCACCUACAUAAAUGAGUAUUUUUGUGAGGCUGUGCUGACAACAGCAUUCUACAAGCUGUCUUCAUUGCAGACUUACUACGUUCCAAAAGAUGGGCCUCUACAAACUUAUAAGGAGUACAUCAGCAUGCUGCCUGGUGUAGACCAUCCGGAAAGUUUUGGACAACACCCAAAUGCAGAUAUUGCGAGUCAAAUUACGGAGACGAGAAUGUUAUUCGAUACACUCUUAUCACUUCAACCGCAAGUGUCAGUCAAACAAGGAGAAAGCCGAGAGAGUAAGGUCCAGAAGCUUGCUGUUGAUGUUCUAGAGAAAAUUCCACCUGAUAUAGACUAUGAAGGCACAGCAAAGAUCCUGAAAGAUGACCCAUCUCCACUCAAUGUUGUCUUACUUCAAGAGAUCCAACGAUACAACACCCUCCUGCAAAUUAUUCGAUCUUCUCUAGUCGAUCUUGAAAAAGGUAUUAAAGGUUUAGUUGUCAUGUCAUCCGACUUGGAGGAAAUAUUCAACUGCAUCAAUGAUGCAAGAGUUCCGGCAAUGUGGGAGAAGGCCUACCCUUCUUUGAAGUCACUCGGUUCAUGGACUCGUGAUCUUGUACUGCGUGUGGACCAGUUUGAGAAGUGGGCAAGCACUGCACAUCCCCCAGUCAUCUACUGGAUGUCUGCUUUUACCUUCCCCACCGGGUACCUCACUGCUGUAUUACAAACCUCAGCUCGACAGAACAAUAUUUCUGUUGACUCUUUGUCAUGGGAGUUUGUGGUGUCUACAGUUGAUGACAAUAACAUCAUGGAGCCCCCGAAGGAUGGAGUAUACGUCAAAGGACUGCACCUUGAGGGUGCAGGUUGGGACAAGAAAAAUGCAUGUCUGGUCGAGGCAAAACCAAUGCAGUUGGUUUGUCCCAUACCAACCGUCCACUUCAAACCCGUCGAGAACAAGAAAAAGAGCGGAAAAGGGAUGUAUUCGUGUCCCUGCUAUUACUAUCCUAAUAGAGCAGGCAGCACUGGACGAGCUUCUUUUGUUGUCAGCAUUGACCUCAAGUCAGGAGCUUUUACCGCAGACCAUUGGAUCAAGAGAGGUACUGCACUUCUCAUGAGUUUGGAGUAUUAAUUUUUUCUUAAGUGGGCCAUCUCACUGUUACCUUGUUUUUAAAUGUAAUCCGUGACAAUUUUGUUCAUUUAGUAGGACGUGUUUUGCUGUAUAAAUUAGACAUCCAAAACAAAUAGUAUUGAUAAGUAACAGUUCAGCAUUCAUAAUUAAAGGUAUCCGGUUGGUUUUGAUACAGACAAAGCAAAAACUUACUGAUUGUGUAACACAAAUCAGCAAGAAUAUAACUUAUUCUAAUUCACAAAGUGCAUCAUUUAAAACAUAGUCUUUUUAAAAAUUGUUGCUAGAGGGUGCUUUUAAAUAUGGGGACAUCCUCGAACCUACAUUCUAAAAGAAUUCUCCUCACUUAUGAUUCAUACAACUGUACAUGACUUUCCGGAUAGGUCAAAAUAGGGUUUUGUCCGAGUUUGAAUCUUACCCAAUAGCCAUGAUUUACAAAAGGGCAAACAUUUUAAAUUUAUAUCAAAAGUUCAGGAGAUAUGACAUGUUAAAUACAAAUUGUUAUUCAGUUUGUAAAUACAGUUAUUUUAUGUAAUGUAAUUUCAUGCCUUUAUAGAUAAUAAUCUGUCGUUCUUUCAUAAUUUGAUGAAAUUUGUUUGAGGCUCUCCAAGUCAAGUCUAGAAUAUGCGUACAAGAUAAUUUUAAAAUCAACACUGUCAUAUCUGUGCAAGCUUUGAUAUAAUAGUUUUGAAUAUAAAAUUAUCUGUUAACCAAUUCUGUAAAUAAAAAAAUAUAUUUGGGAUUUUCCACUGGAAAGAUAAAUAACUGAAAAACGGAAAAGAAAGUAAAGCUGUUUGCUGAAACAAAGCUUGUUUGCUACAACCUCUAAUUAACAUGUUAACAUGUGUUGACGUUGCUACGUACACUGUGCUGUGACUGUUUUAUUUGCUAUUAUUAUGGAUUUGAAGUAGUGUGAUUGCUGUUACAUGUAUGUAUGUUUGCUUAAAGGGAAGGUACACGUUUGGUAAUUGUCAAAGACCAGUGUCCUCACUUG